AUGAAGAAGAAGUAAAUUAGAAUAAAUAAAUUUAUUUUUAGAGAGAAUAUAUAAGAAUUGGAAGAGAAAGAUUACUCUGAUGAAGAUUUAAUAUUUGACCCAAAUGAUUUAGAUGAUAAAAGAUUAUUUAAGAAAUAGACAUUGAAUUAAUUAACGAGAGAUGGUAUAAAAUUUUAAUAUUAUUGUAGAUGAUGAAGUAAAAGAUUUCAAAGAAAAGAAACCAGGAGUGUAAUUGUAAUAUGAAGAAAAAGAAGAAGUUGAGGAUAGAAAGAAAUAAUAAAUUGCAUUUUGA